AUGCAUGAGCAUGCCAUCCACCACAAAACAAUCUCAAUCGCAAAGGAAACUGAUUCGAUCAUCAAUGAGAGCAUCAAUGUUCCGAGGAGAUCGAUGAAGGGCUUAAUUCUUCUCCUGUUUUACGAACCAUACGAGGGAGGGGCGAGAGGCAGCGAGCAAACAUUCAAUCCUGACAACAUAGAGGUGAAAGUGGUAGUGAGUGGAAUCCCGAAUAACGUUUACAGCCAGGGAAUGAAAACUGGAGAUCUCUGGGAGGAAGUUUACAGAAGAUUCGGGAAAGAAAACGGUUCGAUGAAUGUGGCAGACUUUUAUGCUGGUAACAGAUUUGCUUUGUUUGUUGAACUGAGAAGUAUGGGAGAAAAUCAACUUCAUGACUCCGGAUUGAGAUUGGUGAACACAAAAGACGGAGUUCAACUUACGAUCAAUAGGACAACGUCAGGAUCAGGAAAUGUUAAGCGCCAUAUUUUCAUCUCGUUGGAUGCUCAGUUCAACAUCGUGAACAAAGAGCUCGAGAGUGUGACUUACUGA